AUAACGUCUCUGGCGAUGUCAACGUUAUGGGGGUCAGUAUUUUGUGUGACCUCCAUGUGCUGCGAUGCACGCCUGCAGCCUCCUAGGCAUGGACAUGCACAGGCGCCUCACCACACGUCGUGGGAUGGCUGCCCAGUGAUGCUGCAAUGCCUGCUGCAGCUCAGCGAAGUUCUGUGGUGGAUUCGGUUGGUUUUGAACACGAUGUCCCAGCUCGUCCCACAUGUGCUCUAUUGGGUUCAUGUCCGGGGAAACUGCUGGCCAGUCCAACACAGUGACAUGGUGGGCACGAAGAAACGCCUGUGUACGCCUGGCAGUGUGCGGCCGAGCGUUGUCUUGCUGGAAGACGAGCCUGUUUCCGCCAUGCCGUCUCAUCAAUGGGAGGAGGACCGGCCGCAGGAUGUUGUCGACGUAGUGUUGCGCAUUAAGGUUUCCCUGUACCACCACGAGUUCGGACCGGAAGUCAGCAUUGAUGGCGCCCCAAACCAUGACUCCGCCGCCCCCGUAGCGGUCCCUCUCCAGAACACAGGCCUGCGCGACACGUCUGUCCGUGACACUCACGUUAAAUCUCGAUUCAUCCGAGAAGAUGACAUCUCGCCAUCUCCUGGGUCGCAAAUGCCCACCAUUCCUGGCCCAUAAGAGUCUUGCUUGACGAUGUCUGUGCAGGAGGAUAAGGCCACGGUAGGGUCGGUGGCAAUGCAGUCGUGCUGCGGCAAGACGUCUCCGGACAGUUCGGGCGCUGAUGAGUCGUCCCCUGGUUCCCACUUCAGUAC